AUGAAGAACAAAAAGAAUGGACCUCAACAUCGGGGAAAGCCGUACUCGAACCCUCCUAAGCAAUAUGGUAACCGCCCCAACAAUCAGAGGACUGCUACAAUGAGGUUUGCGGGGGGUAGUGGUAGCAAACCCAAUACUUUCCCCACUCAGAUCACUUGCUACAGAUGUAGAAAUCCAUGGCACAUCUCCUCAAAUUGUCCAGAUAAAGAUAUAAUCAGUUUUAAUUGUAGACAAAGGGGGCAUAUUCAGAGAGAUUGUCCACAUCCUAAAAAGGAGCAGAAUGGUGGAGGCCUGGAUGACCAAACUGGACAUCCGAGGGCCAUGGGAAGAGUCUUUAUCCUUAAUGGCACUGAAGCUUCGAAAUCCAAGGAUCUAACCCAAGUUGUGACAUCUUUAAAAGAAGAUGCUCAAGUGUACAUGAUCUUGUCUAACCUAGCGACAGAGACAAAGGUUUCCAUGGGUGACCUCCCUGUUGUCAGAGAGUUUCCUGAAGUGUUUCCUGAGGAUAUAUCUAGUCUGCCACUCGAGAGAGAGAUAGAGUUUUCCAUAGACCUAGUACCUGGUGCUGGACCCAUAUCCAUAGCCCCUUAUAGGAUGUCUCCUAUAGAGUUAACUGAGCUUAAGAAAUAG